AUGGUUUGGCGUCAAAAGGGAGGAAGUAGACCCCGACACGGCACCCAUGUUCCAGGGGCUUUUGUGUAA